AUGAUGAAAUACUGUCAUUUCCUUAGUUCUGUUAAAUCAUCAAACGAAAUCACCUUAAAUUUCAAGUGGACCGAAUGAAGUCAGUUCCAGAAAUUUUCGUACGUUAGGUUUUCAGAACUGUCGAUGACUGUCAUUGUCAAUUCUUUUAUCGCCUCGCUUCUUCCACGGAACUAGCCAUUUUUUGGUUAGUUUUAAUGUUAGCUUUGUAGGUGGUAUUCAACACAAAUUUUUGAAAUGGAAAUGAUAUCUCCCAAAGCUGCCAUCGGUAUUGCUGCUGGAGUAUGUGGUACAUUGUUCUUAGGUUAUUGUAUUUAUUUUGAUCAAAAGAGGCAUAGUGACCCUGAUUUCAAGAAAAAGUUACGUGAACGAAGGCGUUUGAAGAAAGCUGUGUCAAGUGGAGGAAAACGCUCAAAUACAGUGUUCCCUGAUAUGAAAGAUCAUGAGGCUGUUCAAAAAUUCUUCUUACAAGAGAUUCAAUUAGGAGAAGAGUUGUUGGCUGCUGGUGAUCUCGAAAAUGGCGUAGAUCAUUUAGGUAAUGCUGUCGCUGUUUGUGGACAGCCUAAUGAUCUUUUACAAGUUCUACAACAAACAUUACAACCACAAGUGUUCCACCUAUUAGUACAAAGGUUGCCUGCUGUGGCACCACGAUUAAUGAAAGCACAAACUAGUUCAAUGCAGGAAGAUGAUGUGGAAUGAAGCUGUUAAUAAUUGAAGUAGUAUCAUCUAAUUAUGAAAACCUUGUUGAAAAUAUUAUUGAUCUGUUCUUUAUGAAACAAAUUUGUAGUGAAUUCAUGUUUUUGGUUACUUUAGAAAUAUAAGUUCCUACGUUUUGAUGA